AUGUCAAACGAGAAUCACAAGAAGAAGAAGACACAGGAUGAGUAAGUUACCUAAAGUAACACGUGGUUUUCGUGAAUAAAUGACAUAUUGUUGUUUGGUGAUUAAAAUAUGUUUAUAUGAUUGAAGUUUACAUUUAUAAGAAUGUCACUUAAGUAAAAAGAAUCCAUUUACUACGUCCAAGAAGAAGAAGGCUGCCAGAUCAAAGGAGAUCGCUUCGAAACAACAAAGCGUCAACCAGACUCCUGGUUCAGAUACGCCCGAGAAAGACCUCGCUGAAGGAGAACUUGUGUUACAGUAAGAUUAUUUGCUUUUUUUUGCAGUUUUAAAGGUUUGGGAGGUGUUAUUAAUAUUUGAAUACAAAAAAAGCUACUUUGGGCAUAAAAAUACUGUUUGUAGUCCGAAAGACCCACAAGUGAACCCACUUCAACAGCCUGUCCUCAAAGAUCUGGUCAAUCACAUUAUGAAGAACGGUAUCCCCAAGCUUCAGGCAGAGUACGCGACCUUGGCCAAGUACAAGCCACCCAACAUGACGAGGGAAGUUCAGAAUGCAAACAAGAAGUUGUGUCGCUACAAAGACGUAUCGUGCUGGGAUCAGACACGGAUCAAGCUCGUCUUCCCUCUCAACUCUCAGAACGACUUCAUCCACGCCAACUACGUGAACCACCCCCUCUUCAAGAACAAGUUCAUUUGCACUCAAGGACCCAUGGAGCACACCGUGCUCGACUUCUGGAGACUAGUAUGGCAGGAGAGUGUCACGGUUAUCAUUAUGCUAUGUCAAUGUUUUGAGCUCAAGAAGCCCAAGUGUGCACAGGUGAGAUAUGUUCUGGAGUUUUAGUAUCUUUUACUUGUUCCGCCUUACCAUAAACCUGACGUUACAGUACUGGCCUACCGUAGUACACACUCCAAAGCAAGUAGGACCCUUCUCGAUAACAGCAGAUGACAUCAAAACGGACGAUCCCAACGUCACGGUGACCGACCUGAAGCUGGAGUUUGGAGGUGACGUGAGAAGAGUGGAACAUUAUCAUUGGGUCACGUGGCCAGACAAGACUGUUCCCAAGAAUGCCUCGAUAGCCUUCAGACUGCUGGUCAACCCUCGAGAUUACACUGCCAAUCCGAGUGUUAUCCACUGCUCAGCUGGCGUUGGGAGGACUGGGACCUUGCUCAUGCUCGAGGCCAUGUUUCAGUAGGGUUUAGUAUGAGAAUCAACAUGAUUCACAUUUUUGUGUUUGACUUGAUUAUGUAUAAUAUAAAAAGGUACUAUCAUUGACGCUUUAGACAUAUUCAAAACUUUCGACCGGUCGACGUGCCUGAGCUUCUGAAGCAAUUGAGAGCACAGCGAAGCCAGCUGAUCCAGACUGAAGAUCAGUACGUGUUCAUUCACUAUGCCAUGGUCCAGUACGCUUUUAUGACAAGGACGGUUACGUUGAAUGAAUGUCAGAGUAAGUUACUUUAAAGACUUGCUUAUGUUGAUGGUUAACUACUACAUAAUAUUACUUUAGAGUUCUUUGCUGCCUACAGCAAGUACCUGAAAGAGUUCGCUGAGGAAACAAAGGCCAAACAGACGGCCAAGAAGAAGAAGAAGAAGCCGGUGAAGGCAACGAGAAGGAAGGAACACAAGGAAGACAAGAAGGAAGAGAAGAAGGAACUCGACACCUACUUCAGCCUCCACAACUACGAGGACGACUCCUCCAGCAGCGACUCCAAGAAGUAA